CUAACCAUCACAAUGUAUGUGUGUGUGUUAAUCAAGCGCCUUACUCCAAUGGCUUCAAUAAGCUUUCUUGAAGCUUCCAUAGCCAUCUUUUGCUUUCUCAUCCUUCUUUACUUCUUCAAAAAAACAACUCAUGGCCGGCUCCCUAGGAACUGGCCGGUUCUCGGGAUGCUCCCCUGUCUGCUCGCGGUGCUCCACCGGUGCUAUGACUAUAUCGUUGAGAUUCUUGAAAUCUCUGAUUUGACAUUUUCAUUCAAGGGACCGCUGUUCGCUGGAAUGGAUAUGUUGCUCACGGUUGAUCCAGCUAACAUUCAUCAUAUAAUGAACUCAAACUUCUCAAAUUACAUCAAAGGAUCUGAUUUCAAAGAAGUUUUUGAUGUGUUCGGAGACGGAAUUAUCACCACGGACUCUGAGCUAUGGAAGAAUCUGAGGAAGUUUUAUCAAGCCAUGCUCCAUCAUCAAGCGUUUCAAAAGUUUUCAUUGAGUACCACAACAAGUAAACUCAAGAACGGGCUUGUUCCUCUUCUUAAUCAUUUUGCAGAGGAAGGAACAAUUGUGGAUUUGCAAGAUGUACUCGGAAGGUUCACUUUCGAUACAAUCUUAAUCCUUAUAACCGGUUCUGAUCCUAGAUCUCUCUCCAUUGAAAUGCAUGAGGAUGAAUUAGCUAAAGCUCUCGACGAUGUUGGAGAAGGGAUUUUGUUUAGGCAUGUUAAACCAAAAUUCUUGUGGAAGCUGCAAAAAUGGAUGGGAUUGGGACACGAGAAGAAGAUGAUUGAAGCUAAUGCUAUUUUUGACCGUGUUUGCGCGAAAUACAUAUCAGAUAAGAGAGAAGAGAUUAUCAGAUCACAAAGGUUUAAUGAUAUUUCCUAUGAAGAAAGUGAGGAUCUUUUAUCUUCUUUCAUUAAGCUAGAUACAACCAAGUACAAUCUCUUGAAUCCGAGUGACGAUAGGUUCCUCAGAGACACUAUUAUGGCUUUCAUUCUAGCGGGAAGAGAUACAACUGCCUCUGCUCUCACUUGGUUCUUCUGGCUUCUCUCUGAAAGCCCUCAAGUGGUGACCAAGAUUCGCCAAGAGAUCAUCAGCACAAAUCUAUCAAAGACCAGAAAUGGCCAAGAGAAUUUAGACAAGUUGGUGUAUUUACAUGGUGCGUUGUGUGAAGCAAUGAGACUCUAUCCACCAGUUUCCUUUGGGCGCAAGUCUUCUAUCAAAUCAGAUGUGCUUCCAAGUGGCCAUAAAGUCGGAGAAAACUCUAAGAUUAUUAUUUGCCUUUAUGCGUUGGGGAGGAUGAGAGCGGUUUGGGGAGAUGACGCAUUGGAAUUCAAGCCAGAGAGAUGGGUUUCUGAGAAGGGAAGCUUAAGACAUGAGCCCUCCUUCAAGUUCUUAUCGUUUAAUUCCGGUCCAAGAACUUGUCUAGGUAAACAUUUAGCUAUGAAUCAAAUGAAGAUGAUGGCCGUGGAGAUAUUACAACACUAUGACAUUAAGGUUAUUAAAGGACAAAAGAUUGAGCCAGUUCUUGGUUUUAUAUUGUCCAUGAAGCAUGGACUUAGGAUCACAAUUACUAAAAGAUGUCCAUCUUGAAAUUAUAUGAAUAAAUCUUUGUCUAGUUG